UUUGUUGUUACCUGUUCUUUUUUUUUUUUUUAAUUCUUAUAUAUAAAACUACUUCAACUUUUGUUUUCUUUCGUUUCAAUAACUGUUAGAUGAGUUUCAUUAGACGAUUUCUCCUCUGAAUUUUCAGUAAUUCCUUUUUUUUUCUCUAUUGGUUUUCUUCCUUGAGUUUCUCGCACACAGAUCAGCUUUCUCUUUUCUACAACUUGUAAAAGUUUCUUUUUUGGCCUUGGAAAUAUCAUAGUUUGACCUGCAUCUUUGAAUCUAGCCUUGGAUUAUUGAUUUCAUUUUGGGAGUUUUGGACUUCGAUUUAUUUGAAGCAGUUCAUUAUCUUGUUCUAAGGUCGCAUAAUCUUCUAGAAGAUGGGUAGAGGGGGUACUUCAUCUGCUAACACGGGGAGAAUUUCCCGUCGGUUUAGUACGGCCUUAUCAUCAGCCUUUUUUGAAUGGCUGUUGCUUUUUAUGCUCUUCAUUGAUGCUAUAGUUUCAUACCUAAUAAAAAAAUUUGCUCAUAAAUGCAAAUUGCGAACCCCGUGUAUGCUAUGCUCAAGACUUGAUCAUGUUUUUGGCAAAGAAAAACGGAAGUUUUAUAUGGAUCUUGUAUGUAAUGAUCAUAAGUUGGAGAUUUCAUCCUUAGUUUACUGUCAUGCUCACAACAAGCUUGUUGAUGUUCAUGGAAUGUGCGAAAGUUGCCUUUUCUCAUUUGCUACAAUGAAUAAGUCUAAUGCCGAAACCUAUCGGUUAUUGGUCGGAAAGUUGGGGGAUUUUGAUUGUGGUCUUGAGGAGGAUCCCUCACUUGGGAAUCAUAAACUUGGAUGUUCAACUAAAAGACACUGUUCUUGUUGCAAUGAGCCAUGGAUGCCAAGAGAGUAUGUCAAAACAUCGAUUCAGACUCGAUCGGCUGUGUUUCCGGAUACUAAAUUUGAUCUACCUUUACCGGUUUCUGUAGAACAUGGUCAUGAUGAGCAGAACAGAAGUAGCGAUGUGUCUGUUUGGUUUCAAGCUACACAUCAGAGAAAAAAUCAGCCUGAUCCUUUAUCUCAUGUAGUAUAUUCGGAGCUUCAGAUUGAUUCGGAGUCAGAAUCUGAAGUGAAAAACGAUGCUGGCGGUGAGGACGAUGGCAUAAUUAUCCAAACUCAUCAUCUAAAACAAGAUCUUGUUGAUCAACACGUGCAGCCAGAGUCUCAAACUUUUACUUUAUCUGACAAUUUUGCUUCAGAGAAAUUCAUGGAUCCUGUUUCUGCACUUAAGCCUUCAAUAUUCAUUUCACAAUCAGAAUCAGAAUCAGAAUCAGAAUCAGCCAUCAUUGAGCCUCUUGGCACUAUACCGGCGGAAUCUACUGAUUUGAAACAACAUGGCUUGGAGGAACUUAAUUGGGAGCAAGCCAGUACCAAAAUCGAGCCAUCCGCUUCUUCUAAGCUUAUUUCUAUUGAUGAUGUCCCUUUAUCAUCGAUGGACAAGGAAGCUUCUAUUGAUGUGUCAACAGAAAUGAAUCUUAGUUCCAUUGAUAAGGUCUCCCCAUGGUCGAAUGCUGGUGAAAUUCCUAAUCAAGGGUCGGAAGAUAGUAAGCUUAUUUCCCUUGAUUUUCUUUCUUCGUCUCCAAUCGACAAUGAAACUCUGGUUGAAGUACCAAAGGAAAGCAAGAACAUUUCCGUCGACAAUGUUUCUCCAUCAAAUGUUGCUGCAUCUUCCGUCAAAGAAUCAAAAGAGAGUAGUGUCAUAGAAACUCCUGAAGUUGAGAAGAUAUCUGAGGCAAAGUGUGAAGAAAUCCACGUAUCGGCAGAACAGCCACUUCCACUACCUGAAUCACUGGUGGAAGAAAACCGUGUCAUAAAUGGGAAAAGCAUCCAAGCGAUCAAUUCAUUGGACCUAAGCGAUGCUUAUAAGCUAGCUGUAGGUAGUAAAGGUAGACAGUUAUCUGGUUUGCUUGUUGAACAAUGGAUUGGAAGAGAUUCUUCUAGACUUAGUGAAGAUUUAAAGGUCUUAUUGUCGCAAUUAUCUUCUCGAGGGAUGGAGCAAUUGAUGAGUGAUGUAAGUCCUAGGAUCGCUGCAAGUCCGAGGAUUGUUGUAAGUCCAAGGAUAUCUAUAAACAGUGAUGAUUUAAAAGCCUCAGAUUCUUCUGCAUUUAAUGGAAUUGAGAUACUUCAAAGGAGGGUCUCAUUGGAGAGAAAUGAGUCUGGUUUAUCAUUAGAUGGAAGCAUUGUUAGCGAAAUCGAAGGUGAAAGCGUGGUUGAUCGGCUAAAACGACAGGUUGAGCAUGACAGGAAACUAUUGAGUGCUUUGUAUAAGGAAUUGGAAGAAGAAAGAAACGCGUCUGCAGUCUCUACAAAUCAAGCGAUGGCCAUGAUUACUCGACUGCAGGAAGAGAAGGCAACGCUGCAAAUGGAAGCCUUGCAGCACCUGAGAAUGAUGGAAGAACAAGCCGAGUACGAUAUGGAAGCACUGCAAAACACAAACGACCUUCUUGCGGAGAAAGAGAAAGAGAUUCAAGAUCUAGAAGCCGAGCUAGAGUUUUACAGGUUGAAGUUCCCCAAUGAAUUCAUGCCGGAGGACAUAGUGAAGUCGGCAUACAAUUUGCAAGUAACACGGGACACAAUGGAUCAUUUAGAAGCUAAUAGUAUUGAAGAAAAGGCAAUCUUACAUACAGAUACAGUUACCGAAAAGCCGAACAUCGGCUCCACAGCUGAAGAAACAUAUCAAUCAUUUGAGGACACAAACAAAGUCACCAUGAAGAAUCCAUUGUCUGAACAUGAACAUGGGUACCAACAAGAACUCAUUCCUUGAGGCUUUAUUUACAAACACUACAAAGAUGCCUGCAAGAGAUGCUACUGGCCAUGAAUUGUAAAGUAUUCCAGAGAUUGUUUUCUCCUUAGAACAUAAUAAUAUAGGACAUGAUUUUAAAACAUUAUUGCAGAGGUUGUGUGACAUGUUCAUGUCAUGUCUGUGUGUAAAUUGCUAGCUGACAUGUUUUGCAUACCAUCAAAAUUGGAGUUGGUGAGAUUAUUUCUCUUGGUAAUCUAAGUUUGCAGUACAUUUUUUUCUUGAUUUUUCUUUUUGCAUUUUUUAAGUUAAAAUUAGUGGAUUGAUUUGAGUGAUUGCAUUUUGUGAAAGGGUUUGCUGUUUAAGUGUAAAUUUAAGGGAUGUAAAUUAAAAUAGAUAAGCAAUUCCAAGUUUGCUUUUGAUUGGUUUUUA